AUGUCCGUCCAAAUACCCCAGGAACAUUCUGCACGCCUUCAGGCAGAUGUGCAAGCAGAGCUCGAAAGAAGAGAAUGGGCCGAGCCGAACGAUACUGUCAUGGCGGAAUACGUAACUGUGCUACUAGUCAACGGAAGUGCCAGAGAACGAGUGCAGGCAGAGAUGGAGGACCUUGUUGGUGGAGAUUUCGAUUCCGAUUUUCUUGAUUGGCUAUACGCGCGAGCCAGCGCCAUUUCCGGGCCGACCGCUGUCUCCUCGGUACCUCAGUUGACCGCGCCAGAAACGCCUGCCCAGCCCCAAGAGAGCAAUCGACUGCUGUCCUCCGCCCUCGCACCUGUGACAUCCCAAGCAUCAGAGAAACGAAAACUCCCAGACUCUGCCCAAGAAGGCCAGAACAAGCGGGCAGCCCCGGCAGUCCCCUCUGGCCCUCGGUCUGGUCCGGCUGCCGGCAAUGGUGGCCCCGUACGUGGACAAGGCAUGGGGAUCAGAGGCAUGGCUGGGAGUGGUCGAGGAGGAAUCGCAUCUGGCAAUGGCUCAAACGGAUUCCACCAGCAACAACCUGGCUUCAGGCCCCGGCCUCCUAUGCAACAGGGGAGGUUCAACGGGCCUGCGCCAGGCAUGUUUGGGAUGCCUGGUCAGCAGGAAAUGAUGGCGCAGAUGAUGAUGAUGCAGGCCAAUAUGGCGCAGAUGGGACAGAUGAUGUCUAUGAUAACCGACCAACGGCAAAAUCAACCACAAGCGCCUCAACAGGGCGGCUUCCGUCCUCGCCCCCCUCCUCCUGUCAAACUUCCUCCCGGUACCAAGUUCGGCAGUCAUGCUGUAUCAUCAAUUGCUCCCGGCAAAGCUACAACUGGACCCAUCCCGACGAAGCCGACUUCAACAGCACUUUGCAAGUUUGGUGUCGGUUGUAGCAACUCUCGGUGUAUCUACAGCCAUCCAAGCCCGGUUGCAGAUGAGAAGAACGGAAUGGUGCUGAGUGAGGAGGCGUGUGAAAAGGGCAAAGGUUGCAAGGAUGCGGAGUGUGUCAAGAGCCAUAUCAGCCCAGCUGCCAGUGGUGAUAUUUCUGGGCCAUCCAAGCUUUUGUGCAAGUAUCAAAAUUGCACAAAUCCGUCCUGUCUCUUCCGACAUGAGGACGCCAAUGGCAAUCCCAUCGCUUUGCCGGCUCUCGCUAGCAAGGCUGCUACCAAUGGCAAUGACGCUACUGUACCUGCACCUUCAUCCGACGAUGGCAGUGUGGAAGUCAUCACGUCGCAUAAGACGCUCAUGAACUCUUCGUUGGAUGAUGGGCCGAAGGUCGUACAAUGCAGGUACGCGGAACGUUGUACCAGGGCGGAUUGUAAAUUCUCUCAUCCUCCUUCUCGCCCUGUACCCAAAGGACACAACACCAAAAGUUUCAAACCGUCAUCCUUCUCCUCCACUCCGUCGACUUCUACAGAUAUUGCGAGUGCUGGUAUGCACAAGAGCAAGAAGUUUGGCACGGAGACCAAGCUGAACCCAUCUGCGGGGGAUUUCAAGCCUGCCUCUACUGCUUGA